GUUUUAAAUGCUCCUAUCGACUAUCAAGUUGCAGAUCAUUUCUGUCCAACUCACCAUAUCCGCCGUCCUACACUCCUAAAUUCAAGAGACCUCACUAUUUUCAUUUUAUCUAAUACCUCACGACCUGAAGCAAAGUGCAGCUCAAUCCUGUAGUUCCCCGCUGACGUCAUUUUCCCACCCCACCAUUUCUAGUCAGGAGACGGACAACGUGCAAAAUCUCGAAGUUCCUCUGGCCUUGAAGCAAGGUUGAACACUCACAAAGGAGUCAAAUAUGGCUGAAGAAGGAGCAUCUACGUCCCAGGCUCCACCGGCACCAGAGCAAACACAAGCAGCGCCAGCGCCUAUACCCCGCUAUUUCCGAAACGAUGCAGAUAUUGCAUCACGAGAUCCUCACAAGCAAUUGCUAGCCUCACUAGCAAGGCUUAUCGAAGAGUAUCCUCCGCAUAGAGUACCUCCGGGUGGUGGUCUCUACUAUGGACCGAUUUCAGUAGCCUAUCUUUUCUAUGCCUUGCACAAGAUCUACCCCGAUCUUACCCUCGAUGAAUUUCCCAUGAACACAUGGUCUGCAGCCUACAUUGAACAAGCUCAAGCCAACAUCAAAUCGUAUCCUGGACCAACACCAACAAAAUGCGGUGUGAGCGACGAUAUAAUGUCUCUCCUGGCGCUUUACGCCGUGACUGCGAAGGAUCGCGAUACGGUCAAGGAGCUUUGCGACUUUGCCGCCGUGACUAUCGACCAGGGCGCCUCGAAUGAGUGGUUGUAUGGACGAGCUGGCUAUUUGUACCUCCUCCGUCUAGUCAGGGGCGCUUUUAAGGAUGACAAGGAGAUGCUAGAGCUCAUCGAGGACACGACGGACGAGGUGAUCGAGAACAUCAUGGAAAGCCCCCGACCAUGGAAAUGGCACGGCAAGAACUAUGUUGGCGCCGUGCAUGGUGCAAUCGGUAUCAUCACGCAGAUCGUGCUCACCGAUCCUAUCUGGGCUCCCAAGCUUGAGGCUGAGCUUGGUGCUCUCCUUAGCUAUCAGUAUGAUAGCGGCAAUUUCCCGUCGUCACUCCCGCCAGGACGUGAUCGCCUCGUUCAGUUUUGUCACGGCGCUCCCGGAGUAAUUGCAUCGCUCAUCUCCAUUCAGAAGUAUUUUCCAAACCUCCAGGAUCGCAUUGACCGGGUAGUUGCGAAGGGCCGCGAAUGCAUAUGGGAGCGGGGGCUUUUAACGAAGGAGCCCUGUCUGUGCCAUGGGAUAAGUGGAAAUGCGCUCGCUCUCGACGGCAAGCAGUUCGAGCAUUUUCUGACGUACACAACCGGCCACGAAAUUCGCUCCAUGGCCAAGGACGGCAUGCUGGAGAAGUCAGACGAUCCAUCAGCUCUAUGGUGCGGUGAGGCAGGGCGCGCGUGGGCUUGGGCAGUGGCCGAUAAGGGAUUGGAGAAGAGGUUUCUUGGUUACAACGACAUUUGAGUGGGGCGGCGAAAUCUGCGGUUAGGGAGGGCUUCAUGAGGCGCACGAUGUCACGAUUCACGAGUUGGGGAGCAGCGGGCAUAUCAGCGAGCAUUUUCAUUUAGUAGGACGUACAAGCAAGUCAACUGAGCCUAGUUGCCUAGCAAAUGGUAACAUUCAUAUAGCACGCGUUCCCAAGCUAACGAUACCACUCCCAUAUUUUCGACAUUCUAUAUCACAACGUAUCACAGAACUAUCGAGAUGGCUUAUGACCUUUUCUUAUUACCACCGCACUUCUUUAGACUUUUUGGGUUGUGAACUUAAAUAUGAG